AUGGCAGGAGGUAAAGCUGGAAAGGACUCUGGUAAAGCAAAAGCCAAGGCAAUUUCUCGUUCACAUCGUGCAGGCCUUCAAUUUCCUGUUGGUCGUAUCCAUCGUCAUUUGAAAGCACGCACUACUAGCCAUGGGAGAGUUGGGGCUACUGCUGCAGUCUAUUCGGCAGCUAUUCUAGAGUAUCUGACUGCAGAAGUUCUCGAAUUAGCUGGCAAUGCAAGUAAAGACUUGAAAGUCAACGUAUAA